GGAGGAGCCAGGGGCCCAAUCCGCAAUUAAAGAUGAACUUUGGGUGAACUAAUUGUCUGACCAAGGUAACGUGGGCAGCAACCUGGGCCGCCUAUAAAGCGGCCGCGCCGUGGGGUUUGGAGCGCUGGCGGCGGCGGCAGGUGGCGCGGGAGGUCGCGGCGCGCCAUGGGGCUCCCGGCGCUGCUGGCCAGUGCGCUCUGCACCUUCGUGCUGCCGCUGCUGCUCUUCCUGGCUGCGAUCAAGCUCUGGGACCUGUACUGCGUGAGCGGCCGCGACCGCAGUUGUGCCCUCCCAUUGCCCCCCGGGACUAUGGGCUUCCCCUUCUUUGGGGAAACCUUGCAGAUGGUACUGCAGCGGAGGAAGUUCCUGCAGAUGAAGCGCAGGAAAUACGGCUUCAUCUACAAGACGCAUCUGUUCGGGCGGCCCACCGUGCGGGUGAUGGGCGCGGACAAUGUGCGGCGCAUCUUGCUCGGAGAGCACCGGCUGGUGUCCGUCCACUGGCCAGCGUCGGUGCGCACCAUUCUGGGAUCUGGCUGCCUCUCUAACCUGCACGACUCCUCGCACAAGCAGCGCAAGAAGGUGAUUAUGCGGGCCUUCAGCCGCGAGGCACUCGAGUGCUACGUGCCGGUGAUCACCGAGGAAGUGGGCAGCAGCCUGGAGCAGUGGCUGAGCUGCGGCGAGCGCGGCCUCCUGGUCUACCCCGAGGUGAAGCGCCUCAUGUUCCGAAUAGCCAUGCGCAUCCUACUGGGCUGCGAACCCCAACUGGCCGGCGACGGGGACGCCGAGCAGCAGCUUGUGGAGGCCUUCGAGGAAAUGACCCGCAAUCUCUUCUCACUGCCCAUCGACGUGCCCUUCAGCGGGCUGUACCGGGGCAUGAAGGCACGGAACCUCAUUCACGCGCGCAUCGAGCAGAACAUUCGCGCCAAGAUCUGCGGGCUGCGGGCAUCCGAGGCGGGCAGGGGCUGCAAAGACGCGCUGCAGCUGUUGAUCGAGCACUCGUGGGAGAGGGGAGAGCGGCUGGACAUGCAGGCACUAAAGCAAUCUUCAACCGAACUCCUCUUUGGAGGACACGAAACCACGGCCAGUGCAGCCACAUCUCUGAUCACUUACCUGGGGCUCUACCCACAUGUUCUCCAGAAAGUGCGAGAAGAGCUGAAGAGUAAGGGUUUACUUUGCAAGAGCAAUCAAGACAACAAGUUGGACAUGGAAAUUUUGGAACAACUUAAAUACAUCGGGUGUGUUAUUAAGGAGACCCUUCGACUGAAUCCCCCAGUUCCAGGAGGGUUUCGGGUUGCUCUGAAGACUUUUGAAUUAAAUGGAUACCAGAUUCCCAAGGGCUGGAAUGUUAUCUACAGUAUCUGUGAUACUCAUGAUGUGGCAGAGAUCUUCACCAACAAGGAAGAAUUUAAUCCUGACCGAUUCAUGCUGCCUCACCCAGAGGAUGCAUCCAGGUUCAGCUUCAUUCCAUUUGGAGGAGGCCUGAGGAGCUGUGUAGGCAAAGAAUUUGCAAAAAUUCUUCUCAAAAUAUUUACAGUGGAGCUGGCCAGGCAUUGUGACUGGCAGCUUCUAAAUGGACCUCCUACAAUGAAAACCAGUCCCACUGUGUAUCCUGUGGACAAUCUCCCUGCAAGAUUCAUCCAUUUCCAUGGGGAAAUCUGAUGAGCUUGAAUGCUCAAACCUCAGACUUAUUGCAAGUGUACAUAUGAGUUUUUAAGGAGUGUUGUGUUGACUUUAUAUUUAAUUUCUAAAUGUAUAUUAUAAUAUUUAUGUGUUUUGACUAUAUUACCACAAUCUUUAAAUAUUAAAAUAAUGAAUUUGUAUUAUUUCCAAAUAAAGUAAAAUUUGAAGGUA